UAGUUUAAAAUGGCCCCAACUUAGUUCAUGCUAUUGUUGCCCACUGCACACACUGCGGUCCUUUUCUCCGUCUCGUUUAUAUAUUGAGGGAAAGGAUUCGGCUGCUUCCGGCCGCCGGAAAAUCUGUCCGGCGGUGCGAGCGACGAGGUUUUCUUCUGUGUGGAUGGGUUGAUCGGCUUUGAGCUUCCUUUCUGGUGUUUCUCGUGGUUUUCGAUAAAGGUUUGCGGAGUAGAAACGGUGCUGUGAAUGACAUGUAGCGGCUACAACGUCGGAGAGGUCAAGGGACUAUGAGGCGAUGUUGGUUGUUGACAGGAUGAGCUGAUUCUAUUGAGUUUAGUUGAUCAAAAGGACGAGUGGAGUCACUGGUGAAAACAUGUCCUUUCAGAACAAGAGCUUUUGGAUGCCAAGAGAUGCAGGGUAUCUAAAUAAUGGAGACAUGAAUUAUGACACUUCUUCAAGUAUUCAACCAAAGCGUGCACACCAGUGGUUCAUGGAUACUUCAGAACCAAUACCAUUCGAUAACAAAAAGCAAGCUAUAGGAGCUGUUGACACCAUACCGAUACCAGGAAUUUCAACUUCAAACAUUUCUCUAUGGGGAAACACUUCAAAUUUUCAGACUCUGCCAGGGCAGUUUACCAGCCACCUAUAUGAACCAGAGACAGCAAGGAAUUUCGAUCUUGUUAGCACGAGCAUUGAAACUGUUGCCACAGGGAAUCCAAAUAUUGGAAGGAAGGAUUUUGAGGAUCAAAUUGAUAGCAAUUCCUUGGUUGGUUUAUCCAUGUUGCAUUCGGUGGGAGAUCCCUUGUCAUGUCUUAAUUAUAGUGGAAUUAGAAAAGUAAAAGUUAAUGAAGUCAGUGACCCUAAAAAUGGCAUGUCUGUAACAGUUCGACACUCAUAUAGCAGGGGAGAUAUCGAUUCUAUUUCUGUUGGCACUACCCUUGAGAAGAGUGAUAACGAGAAGUCUUUAUGCCCUUCUUAUAGCAGUCAGGAAGAGAAUACCAUUUUAAUGAACCCGGCCUUCGGUAAGAUGGAUGACAAUUUCAUUUCAAUGGGUCUGAUAUUCAACAAAGGAGGUGGGAAUCUCAUGUCGAUGGGCAAUACUAGCAAUAAGGAAGAUAAUUUUUUAUCAAUGGGUCAAUCAUUCCUUAGCGGGAAUGGUGGUUUCAUAUCAAUGGAUCAUCAAUAUGAAAAGGGAAAUGACCAUAUCAUGCCUACUGGUCGUGCAUAUGCCAAGGGGCAAGAGAAUUUUAUCUCAGCGGUCUAUAACAAAGCAAGUGAGAAUUUCAUUCCAGUUGGCCCUUGUGAUGGGGGAGAUGAUAAUAUGAUAUCAUCUCGACCAAUUUCUGAAAAAGCAGACAGAAUGAUUGUACCUGUAAAUGCCACCUAUGAAGAGGGAAAUUCCAGCAUUCUGUCUUUGGGACAGAACUGCAACAAGGAUGAGCACAAUACUAUUUCUUUUCCGUCUGGUAGAAUUAUUGGUGGAUAUGAUCUGUUGAUAAGCCAACCCUCUGCUCAAACUUCAGAAUCACGUGGGCAGGAAGAUGAAGUCGAGCAUAAUGGUGUUCCAAUUGCAAAUGUUGCUGCAACAGCAACUUCUAAGAAUGAUGCCAUCCUGAAGUCUAAGGAGCAAAAGCCACCUAAAAAGAUUCCUCCGAACAACUUUCCUUCAAAUGUCAAAAGCUUGUUAUCAACAGGCAUGCUUGACGGAGUUCCUGUGAAGUAUGUUUCCUGGUCAAGGAAGAGAAAUCUUAAAGGUAUUAUAAAAGGGACUGGCUAUCUGUGUGGCUGCGAGGACUGCAAAUUUUCUCAAGCUGUCAAUGCCUAUGGGUUUGAGCGGCAUGCUGGUUGUAAGACCAAGCACCCAAAUAAUCACAUUUACUUUGAGAAUGGAAAGACCAUCUAUGCAGUUGUUCAGGAACUGAAGAGUACGCCUCAGGAGAUGCUGUUUGAAGCAAUUCAAAACGUGACUGGUUCCACCAUCAAUCAGAAAAAUUUUCGAAGUUGGAAGGAAUCAUAUGAAGCUGCAACCCGCGAACUUCAGCGGAUCUAUGGAAAGGAGGAAGUAAUCAUGCCAUCUUAACGUGCAAACUUUGGCUUCCUUUUUGGUCCUCAUGUUUGCGAGGAGGUUAUUCUAGCGCGCCAUAAUAUCCUUGAUCUCUGUGUAUAGGUUGUAUAUAGUCAACAACUUCAUCAUGUGCAUUUGCCUUGGAAUAUUUUUGGUGCUUUCAUGAGAGAAUGGUAAUGGGCCGUCGUAUAUAGAGCCUCGUUUUAUUGUGUUUCUUGGACAGAAUGUUGUCUGAUAGUGAUAGGGGCACGGUUUGAAUGUGUUGAAAAUUGUGAAUUUUUGAUCCGAGUCGAAGCAGCAAAAGAGUCAGAUUCCUGUGGUUGGGAUGAGGAAUCUUCUUUCUUCUCUCUGAUUUGAGGGUUAUAAAAUUUAUGUCCUCUGGCACUGGCACUGGCAGUCCAGCCGCAAAAUAAAUUAAGAAAGACCAUUAAUUAUUCUUUUGGAUUUGGACUAUAAUUCAAAUUCACGCAAUUGGAAUCAUGUGAGGACUCUUCCAUCCCAACCAUGUUCAUUGUUCUAUCUGUCGGGGAAGACGAGGACUUAGGACCAUCGUCAGCGCCCGCCCGCCCGCCCGCACGGUCGGUCGGCUUUUACCUGUUAUACCUCUUAGUGUUUUUGAAUUCAGCAAGCACUGGCCGACGGCGUUCUGCUUCCUCUGCCCACCUUCGGCAGUUCCUCCCUCUUUCUCCCUUUGGAUUAUCUCCCUUUCUUCCUUUGGCUUAUCACCAAGAAUGUAGCAUGGGAAUUGUGUGUACAUAUUUUAGACUUUGGUAGUUGCACUUCCACCUCAUUAUUUUCACCUUAUUGUACAAAGUCUCAAGAAAUCUG